AUGGAGGGCAUCAGCUUCUUGUUAAUACUCUCGACUGCGAUGUUCUUUGGUAGUUGGAUAGCUGGUUCUAUACCCCUGAUGUUCAGUUUAUCAGAAUCUCGCAUUCGGUUAGUGAGUAUAUUCGGAGCCGGAUUGCUUGUGGGUACUGCACUAUCCGUUAUUAUUCCAGAAGGUGUUGAAGCAUUGUAUGGAGCUCAGUGCGCCGUCAGUCACCACAACCAUGUACAUGAGAAUCCGGCUGCCGUACAGGUCGGAGCGAUCGCGAAUCCUGCCGAGGCGAAGCAGAUUUUAGAAAAUGCGAAAGACAAGGAAGACAAUCUACCAAGAAUCAUCCCUCAAAAUGCAGUAUUGAAUGAAGCCAUCGGAAGAGUCGUCCGCUCGCCAUUAGAGGAGGAUGUAUUGAAUCGAACGAAACGGGAUGCAGUAAUAGAAACGCACUCAAACAAUGAGCAAACCGAAAAAGAACACGAAGGGCAUGGAGAACAUGAAGAAGAACAUUCUCAUGGACACGGAAAUGUUCAUUCUCAAAUAGGUUAUUCUUUAGUACUUGGUUUCGUGUUAAUGCUGCUUGUCGAUCAAAUCGGAAGCGCCACUGUAGCCAGAAAUGAUCGAGCAGGAAGAAGUCGAAUUGGAAUCUCUGCAACGAUCGGAUUGGUAGUUCAUGCCGCAGCCGAUGGAGUCGCUUUGGGCAGUGCAUCAGUAAUCAACAAGUCUGAUGUUCAACUCAUCGUUUUCGUUGCUAUCAUGCUCCACAAAGCUCCAGCAGCUUUUGGACUCGUCUCAUUUCUUCUGAUGGAAUCCAUCGACCGACGAGCGAUACGCAAACAUCUCAUUGUGUUUUCAGCUGCUGCUCCAGUAGCUGCACUUGUCACAUUUGCCAUAAUUAUGCAUAUGGGCGAGUCAAUGCGGUCGGAAUCGUCGACAGGUGUACUCAUGCUAUUCUCAGCUGGCACAUUCCUCUACGUGGCUACAGUGCACGUGCUUCCAGAACUGGCAAAUAACAAACAAACUGAAUAUUCACUCGUCGUCGAUGCCACGUCACCAUCUUCAAUAGGUCAUUCUCAUUCCUCCGGGCCUAGUUAUACUCUCAAAGAGCUUUUGUUAAUAAUCAGUGGAGCUAUAGUUCCUGCUAUUCUUGCAUCUGGUCACUCUCAUUGA